ACUCGCAGAGAACAGAAACUGCACAUAUACAUAUAUAUAUAUAUAUAUAUACACACCCACACAUAUAACGCUGUAUGUAUGCAUAUAUGUAUAUAUUAUAGAAGAUGUGUGUAUAAAUGGCAGCGGUGAUCUGUUCUUCAUCGUUCUUUGUCCGAUAGCUAAAUACAGUCAAAUACAAGGCACAGAGAGAGAGAGAGAGAGAAUUUACACAGAAAGUAAUAAGAGAUUUCUAAUUUCUUCUCUCUCUGUUCUGUCAGAUUCAAUCAAGUUCAAAUUGAUCAACUGAGGAGAGGAUGCGUAUGAUAAUCUUAGGAUUUGUAUGCAGGUUGUUAUUGUUGAAGGGAUUGAUUUCUGAUGAUUAAUAGAUGAUUAGACUAGAGAGUGAAUAGUCAUGAAUACGUCGAGAGAUGAAGUAUAAUAGAUUCGACAAAUGGGGUGUGUUCUGAGUCGAGAGGUCUCUUCGGGCAUAGUUCGCGAAGCCAAGGAAGAGAAGAGGGAGGCUGACAAAGAGAGGAACAGUAAGAAUUUGAGUGUUGCAUCUAGGGAUGGAUUACGGGUUGAGGAGGCCAGGAUUGGUAAUGACAAGGGUGGAGUCAGCAAUGGUCACUCCCGGAAGGAGGCAAAGAUUGAUGGUGAUCGGCGGUCACAGGGUGAGAGGAGGAGAUCGAGGCCAAAUCCAAGGCUGGGUAACCCCCCAAAGCAUAAGCACGGGGAACAAGUUGCUGCAGGAUGGCCGGCUUGGCUUUCUGCACAUAUUGGCGAAGCAAUUGAGGGUUGGUUUCCUCGGCGAGCUGACACUUUUGAGAAGAUUGACAAGAUUGGCUCAGGAACAUAUAGCAAUGUGUACAAAGCAAGGGACACUAUUACAGGGAAAAUUGUUGCCUUGAAGAAGGUGCGCUUUGAUAAUUUGGAACCAGAGAGUGUGAGAUUUAUGUCUAGAGAGAUUAUUAUUUUGCGGCGACUUGAUCAUCCCAAUGUAAUAAAAUUGGAGGGUUUGGUCACUUCGAGAAUGUCUUGUAGUUUAUAUCUGGUAUUUGAAUACAUGGAGCAUGAUUUGGCUGGACUUGCAGCUAGCCCAGAAAUUAAGUUUACAGAAGCACAGGUUAAGUGCUAUAUGCAUCAAUUAUUAUCUGGGCUAGAGCACUGUCACAGCCGCAAUGUACUCCACCGUGACAUUAAAGGGUCAAAUCUUCUUAUUGACAAUGGAGGAAUACUUAAGAUAGCAGAUUUUGGGUUGGCUACAAUUGUGGAUCCUAGCCACAAGCAUCCUCUGACUAGUAGGGUGGUAACACUCUGGUAUCGAGCUCCGGAGCUUCUUCUUGGUGCCACAGACUAUGGUGCAGGCAUAGACCUAUGGAGUGCUGGUUGCAUUUUAGCUGAAUUAUUGGCUGGGAAGCCAAUCAUGCCUGGUCGUACAGAGGUAGAACAAUUGCAUAAAAUAUACAAGUUAUGCGGGUCUCCUUCUGAUGAAUAUUGGAAAAAGUCAAAGUUGCCCAAUGCAACAUUAUUCAAACCACGGGAACCUUACAAGCGAUGUGUUUCAGAGACAUUCAAAUAUUUCCCUCCAUCGUCCCUGCCUUUAAUUGAAACUCUUCUUGAGAUUGAUCCAGCUGAAAGGAAAACUGCAACAGAUGCACUAAGGAGUGACUUUUUCAAUACAGAACCAUAUGCUUGUGAUCCUUCCAGUCUUCCACAAUACCCUCCAACCAAAGAGAUUGAUGCCAAGCGUCGUGAUGAUGAGGCUCGCAGGCUGAGAGCUGCUAAUAAGACUCAUGUUGAUGGUGCUAAGAAAACACGCCCGCGUGAACGACCUGUUCGAGCAAUGCCAGCUCCAGAAGCAAAUGCUGAGCUCCAAUCCAAUCUUGAUCAGCGAAGGCGCCUAAUCACCCAUGCAAAUGCAAAAAGCAAGAGUGAGAAGUUUCCCCCACCUCAUCAAGAUGGAGCUCUAGGCGUUCCCUUGGGUGCCUCACAUCACAUUGACCCUGCCUUUGUUCCGCCUGAUAUUCCCUUCAGCUCCACCUCAUUCACAUAUUCAAAAGAACCAGUUCAGAAUUGGUCAGGUCCUUUAGUUGAUCCCAUAGCUGUUGGUGCUUCGAGGGGAAGGAAGCAUGCAGUGCGUGAUGCUCGAGAAUCGACAAAAUCUUUUACAGGAAGAAAAGACAAAAGCGGCAACCCUAGGGUUAGAGGAAAGGAGAGAGUGGCGUAGAAGUUUAGUCCAUAUAUUGAGAAGUCCAUGCGGGAUACUGGUGUAUGUUGACACAAAUAGCAGAACCGUGGACCUCUUGGAUCCCAAUGACCUUUACCAGCUGGGAGAAGCUGUUUCAGAAUUUUCUGCUUGCUUUUUUUUUAAUUUUAUCUUUCACAUAUAAGGCCUUCUCUUUUUCUGCUCUAUCUGUUGGGUUGGAGAGAAGUUUCUUUUAUUUUGUAUAUUUUACUCUCCUCUUCUCCUGUUAGAUCCAUGGUGUUGGGAACUAAUACUGUUCUGAUCAGAGAAACACUUAAUAAAAAAAGUUUGAGCCCCAA